CUGCUCCCUCUUGAAAAGGAGUUGGCGGUUAAUGACCGUUUGACGGCUGCAACCCGAGAGUAUGAAGGCCAACUUUCCGGCCCCGAAUGUGUGAUUGUUGUCAAAGAUUCGCUUUAUACGGGCACUCUCAAUGGAAGUGUUGUCAAAAUAGACAAAAACGGAGUGAAGACUUUUGCACGAUUUGGACCCGAGGGAUGCUCCUCCGUGGAGACCUGCGGACGUCCACUUGGUCUGCACUACGAUGAGCCAAGAAAUCGACUUCUUGUCGUGGAUGCCUACCUUGGUCUCUUCGCCAUUGAUUUGCAGACAGGCAAGGGGGCUCUGACAAAGGUGAAAAAAAUAUUUCCGCUCAACAAGGCCGGAGUUCGGCCCGUGAAGGUGACCUUUUUCAAUUCACUCGACGUGUUGCUGGACGGACGCAUUGUCUUGACGGAGAGUAGCCAAAAAUUUGUGCUCCACGACUUGAUCGGCGACCUGCUGGAGGGUCGUCCAACUGGCAGCCCAUUUGAAAGCAAGCGGCUGUUUAAGCGUCAACACCGUUUUUCUUCCUUCUCUCUUUCGCGAUCGACUUUCUGGUUGAUUCCCGCUGUUUUUAUAACCGCCACUAUUUUGUCUCUUGUUAUGGCCAGUGAUCAUCUCCAACUAGUUGAGCUUGUGGUUUGA